AUUGCAUUUACCAAUUUACUUGUAGUUGUGGUAUACACUACAUUGGCCGUACCAAUCGAUCGUUGAAUUCCAGAAUAAGGGAACAUGUACCUAAAUGGUUGCAGCGUCAAAUCACCCAGGCCUCGGUUGCUCAUACCACCUGUUCACGUAAACCACCUGCUUCAUCCAUAGGCAGGCAUUUACUUGCCACCUGUCACCAGUUUGAUCCGGCCACAAUGUUUACAAUCGUGUUAAGACAUACUAACCCCCGUUUCCUACGUUUUGCAGAGGCAGUCGCGAUCAGCCGUAUCAAACCCGCACUCUGUGUGCAGAAACAGCUGUUCGUAAGCCUACGGCUGCCCUGGGCGUAGGGGUGUCACGCCUGCCCCUCUACCCUGUUCUAACUUGUUCCGGUCUCACCCUAUCUGUCGUCUUAUAUAUUUUCAUGUUAUUGUGUUGGCACUGAAGAGACAAUACGAAAUGUUGACAUCUGCCAGUGUUCGUCUUCUUACGGCAUUAUUCAAAUUACUAAAGGGAUCUAAUUGUUUCAAAUUUCUCAAAAGACGAAUUCCCGUUGAUUUCGUCAGGCAGUUACGCCGUAUUGUUAGUCUGAAGUGUAAACUUGUUUGCUGUCGUUCGGAAAUAUCUGUUCUCUCAAACUGUAUCACCGUACUUCAAUAUCCACGUUCGAUUUGGAAGGUGUUGCGUAAAAAUAAGCUAAAGCCAUCCAAUGGAAAUCUCCGGCGCAUUGCCUCUGCUCAAUUGGAAACUGCUCAGACUCGACUCACUGCGCUACUCGAGACGCAUUCCCGCCUAAUGCCAAUACUGGAUAGCUUAUCGUUGUGCUGCAGGAUUGUGUUUACCAACUUCUGCAAAUUUACUAUUGAUCGUACAAAGGAGAAAUGCAAAGUCCGGUGGCAGAAUUCACUAGUUGAUAAACGGGAGGAGCCUGCAUAUCGUGACCCCAAUACGUACGUUCUAAACCUGUCAAAUGUUCCCCUUGAUGCCUUACAACUGGAAGCAUUAUCGCUCGGAAUGGAUUACAAAGUCCCACCUGGUAAGCUAAAUCGCUUGUUCAUAGAGGCACAGUUUGAAAAUUUUUAUGACCAGUUAGCAGGAUUACAGGCGUCUAGUCCAGAUAUGUCAAACUGGUUUAGAAACAAACUAACUGAUAUUGCCCAUGAGGUCACAAUGACGCCAGUGCGUGAGAAGUGUUUGCUUACAAGGCGUCAUCUUUGUGCACUACGAGAGCUGAGAACAAAGGGGGUGAUUGUACUUAAGCCAGACAAAGGCUCAGGAGCCGUCAUUAUGUGCAAGGAAGAAUACACACGGAAAAUGCAAGAUUUACUGAGUGAUGCUAGCAAAUUUAAACUCCUUACAAAAACAGAGGAUGUUAGUGAAGUGGAAAGACGCAUCACGGAACACCUAAAGUUGCUCCUCUUACACCGUGUAAUUAAUGAUGAGGUAUAUAACCACCUAAAACCGGGAGGGUCCAACAUACCUCAGCUAUACGGUUUGCCAAAGACCCAUAAAUGUGGUAUACCGCUUAGACCAAUCUUGUCAAUGGCAAACUCGGCACAGCAUAAGUUGGCUCGUUGGCUGGUAGAAGUUCUUUCGCCGUUAAAGCAGCAGACCAUCCCACACCGUCUGAAGGACUCUUUCGAACUUACAGAGGCUUUAGAUGAUUUUAACCUAUCCGAUAAAGUCAUGUCCACAUUGGAUGUACAAUCGCUUUUCACCAAUGUUCCGCUACAUGAAACAGUUGAUUACGUGUGUGAAAUGGCAGAGUGCUCCGACUUUACUCUUCCAAUGCCAGUCGAAUUAUUAAAGGACAGCUUACUACUAUGUACUGAGAACAUCGGUUUCCAAUUCCAAAACAUUCCUUAUCGCCAGAUAGAUGGGGUGGCAAUGGGUAGUCCGUUGGGCCCAGUACUAGCUGAUUUUUUCAUGUCGAUGGUUGAAAAGAAGUUGAGUGUGGAAAUAUCGCUGCUUUCCUACUAUAAGCGAUAUGUGGAUGAUAUUCUAGUGUUUAGCUCAUCAGAGGAGCACAUUGCGCGUUUAGUCGAUCGCCUGAAUAACGUGCAUACGAAUCUGAAAGUAACCAACGAAACAGAGAAAAGCAACUGCCUUCCAUAUCUGGACGUGUUGAUUUGCCGAAGAGCAGAUGGGUCCAUCAAAAGAGAGGUUUACCGAAAACCGACCUGGUCAGGGCAGUACCUACACUUUACCAGCUUCUCCCCAAUGCGGUACAAACGGACCUUGGUCAAGACGCUAUUCAACCGUGCAAGGAAAAUAUGCACUGCCGACAGUUUAGAUGAUGAGAUAAACUCGCUAAAGGAUACGUUGUUGAAAAAUGGCUAUCCAAGUAGGUUCAUCGACAAACAUAGUCAGGCGAGGGUGCCGGGACAGAAGGUAUCGACAGUGGCUAAAAAGAAGAUCUACAUCGAGCUACCAUUUAAGGGAGAUUUCGCUAAUAUGAGGACAACAAAGCGCAUAAUUUCCGCAGUCCAGAGGACUUAUUAUGCUGCCGAAACUGUCCUUAUCAACCGGACGAAUCGAAUGCCUGUUACCCCAAUGAAGGAAAGACAACCUAUUGGCGCCAACUCACAUUGCAUUUACCAAUUUACUUGUAGUUGUGGUAUACACUACAUUGGCCGUACCAAUCGAUCGUUGAAUUCCAGAAUAAGGGAACAUGUACCUAAAUGGUUGCAGCGUCAAAUCACCCAGGCCUCGGUUGCUCAUACCACCUGUUCACGUAAACCACCUGCUUCAUCCAUAGGCAGGCAUUUACUUGCCACCUGUCACCAGUUUGAUCCGGCCACAAUGUUUACAAUCGUGUUAAGACAUACUAACCCCCGUUUCCUACGUUUUGCAGAGGCAGUCGCGAUCAGCCGUAUCAAACCCGCACUCUGUGUGCAGAAACAGCUGUUCGUAAGCCUACGGCUGCCCUGGGCGUAGGGGUGUCACGCCUGCCCCUCUACCCUGUUCUAACUUGUUCCGGUCUCACCCUAUCUGUCGUCUUAUAUAUUUUCAUGUUAUUGUGUUGGCACUGAAGAGACAAUACGAAAUGUUGACAUCUGCC